CCUCCAUAUCAUGUGAUUCAGGUGUUCCAAUCCCCUCCAUAUCAUGUGAUUCAGGUGUUCCAAUCCCCUCCAUAUCAUGUGAUUCAGGUGUUCCAAUCCCCUCCAUAUCAUGUGAUUCAGGUGUUCCAAUCCCCUCCAUAUCAUGUGAUUCAGGUGUUCCAAUCCCCUCCAUAUCAUGUGAUUCAGGUGUUCCAAUCCCCUCCCAAUCAUGUGAUUCAGGUGUUCCAAUCCCCUCCCAAUCAUGUGAUUCAGGUGUUCCAAUCCCCUCCCAAUCAUGUGAUUCAGGUGUUCCAAUCCCCUCCAUAUCAUGUGAUUCAGGUGUUCCAAUCUCCUCCAUAUCAUAGUCAAUAGCUAAAGACCUCCAAACUUGGUGUGGCCUUCAGAUGAGCCCAACAGCAGUGCGUAGAGAGCUUCAUGGAAUGGGUUUCCAUGGC